AUUUUGAAGCAAGUUUUAUCCGCCUGAUUGAUAAAGUGACAAAUGGCUCUCGAAUUGAAAUAAACCAAACAGGUACUUCCUUGUAUUAUCAACCUGGUCUUCUGUAUGGAGGCUCGUUGGAACACGACUGCAGCCCCAGCCGUAGUAUUGGCUACUAUUUAGAAAGUCUGCUCUGCUUGGCACCUUUCAUGAAACAUCCACUGAAGAUUGUACUGAGGGGAGUAACAAAUGAUCAAGUAGAUCCUUCGGUUGAUGUCCUUAAGGCAACAGCUCUACCCCUACUGAAGAAGUUUGGAAUUGAUGGUGAAGGUUUGGAAAUCAAGAUCAACCGGAGAGGAAUGCCUCCCAAAGGGGGUGGAGAGAUACUGUUUGCUUGCCCAGUGAGAAAGGUCUUGCAGCCUGUUCAGUUGACAGACCCUGGCAAAAUCAAACGCAUCAGAGGAACUGCAUAUUCUGUCAGAGUGUCACCACAGAUGGCAAACAGAAUGGUGGAAUCUGCAAGGAGCAUCCUGAAUAAAUUCCUUCCAGACAUUUAUAUCUACACGGAUCAUAUGAAGGGGAUCAGCUCUGGAAAAUCACCAGGUUUUGGCAUGUGCCUUACUGCAGAAACCAUCAAUGGCACUAUCCUCAGUGCUGAGCUAGCCUCAAAGCCUCAGGGCCAGGGAGCAGCUGUGCUUCCAGAGGAACUUGGCCAGAAUUGUGCUAAGCUGUUGCUUGAGGAGGUCUACAGGGGAGGCUGUGUCGACUCAACAAAUCAGAGCCUUGCUCUACUCCUCAUGACCCUUGGACAACGGGAUGUUUCCAAAGUUCUGUUAGGACCUCUGUCUCCAUACACGUAA